AUGGCUGUAAUAAAUUUACAACCACCACGUAAUUGCUCAAGUGCCAGAGUCGAGGCACAGUAUGAUCGUUCAGGCCAAGAUAAUUUCACCAGUGCUGUGAUUUAUUCGAGCCUCUAUAUUGAAGCGAGCAAAAGUCCUUCAAACAGUUAUCUUCAGCUCAUACCUGACCACGACGGUGCAAUAGAUGCUGGAAAAACUUUGUCAUUUACUGUUAAAGCAACUGAAUCUGUAUCAAUAAUUGCUUAUCAGGUUAUCGCUCGUGGAUCGGUGGUUCUAACGCAACAGUUAUCGGUGAACGGUGACUUAGCCACAGUGACAUUUGCAGCAACACCUCAGAUGGCUCCAAAAUCACGUCUUGUUGUUUAUACAGUGAGGCCAUCUAAUCAAGAAAUUUUGGUUGACGUCAGCGACUUCAGAGUUGAUGGGCUCUUCCGAAAUAACGUUUCAUUAGUGAUCGACCGCAAUACAGCUGAACCUGGCGAAAAAGUCAAAUUUACUGUGAAAGCAGACCCUGAAUCUUAUGUUGGUAUAUAUGCUAUUGAUCAAAGCGUUGAACAUGAUAUAGGACAAUAUGAUACAACUGAUGGCGUACUGAAUGCACGUCCUUGGGAAGCCGCAUUUCGACGCAAACGAUCCAUUUGGUACCCUUGGUGUGGUGUUGGUGGAAAGGAUGCUGAAACUAUUUUCGAAGAUAAACCUAUUCGAAAAAUGUCAGGCUUUGGAUUGGAAACUCGUCGGUUUGAGUUCGGCCAGAGCACAGGUUCUGCUUUCUCCAUAGGCUAA